AUGAAUACCAGUCAGGAAAUCGAAAUCGAGGACCAUGGCGUAUCACUGUAUAUUUCUCCGGAUGCUGUUCAUCAGAGUGACCCGUGCACGGUCACGUUAACCCUCUUACGAGACACUCCCAGUGUUGACAUCCAAGAUGAUGAAUCAAUGGUCUGCUACGGGAUCAGAUGUGAUCCUCCAAACAUGAUAUUCCACCAACCUGUUAAGAUCAGGAUACCACACUAUUCCUUGGUCACAAACCCUGAUCGAGUGAAACCAGACAUCGUCUCCCGUGUAUGGGAUUCAGUCAAGGAUAUACCGAGAACAUCAAGAAAACGCUCAUCUAGCUCACCGGCCGAACCACCAUACUGUAGAGUGUUCAGGAGACAUCUUGAGCUGUACAUUGAUCACUGUGCUGAGUGGUGGGUUCUUAUUCCUCUUGAACAACAGGUGAUCCGACAACAACUUAUGUGUACCCCAUACAUCCCUGACAAGAUAGAGAGAGGCAAAGAGUUUGAAGUUCACCUGCAGAUGCAUGCGGACCUUCCUGGGAUCGAAACGGAUAUACGACAGGAGAAGAAACAACAGUCGUACCACAAGAGCCAUCGCUCUGUUCCCUUCAGUGUUGAAUCUAAGUCUGGUGACGUCACAGUGACGUGUCAUCGUGAGGGCAGACAAGUUGAAAGCAAGAUGGACAGGAGUACCUAUCUCCUUCUGAGCCCCCAUCAUUUCUUCGUGGAAGAAGUCUUGAAAAGUGACCUAACGGACAAUGAUGUCCUUACAGUAGCGCAAACAAUGACGGUAGACCAGUUCUAUGAUUUGGGAGUAGCUCUUGGUUUCACCAUACAACAACUGGAUGUCAUAGAAUACAGGAGGUUCCAUGACAAAGAGCAGGCCAUCUAUGACAUAGAAAUUCCUGGCAGGACACUGCUUGCGUUCGCCCGUCAGAUCAGACCAAAGAAGUUCUAUGAGAUUGGCGGGAAGCUGGGAUUCAACAAGUCAGAGUUACAACACAUCGAACAUCGCACAUUGUACAACAGGAAUAACGCUAACAUCCAAAUGCUCUCACAUUGGAUAGCAUCUCAGACUUCAGGGCCUAAAGCAAAGCAGACACUGAAGCUGGUUUGGGAAUCUGUGCAGGACUCAUCGAAAGCAGAGAAAACCGAGGAUGGUAGAUCUGCAACUGGACAUUUGGGGGCCCUUGGAGGAAAGCUGUCUACCAAAUCCUAUGGGUUUACACUCCACAUUCCACCUGGUGCCCUUGAGGAAGAUGAGGAGAUCAGCCUUCAGGUACUGACCGAGAUUCCAAAUGGCCUUACGCUUAAAGAGGACGAGCUUCUAGUUAGCCAUGGCUUCCAGUGCUACCCGUCUGGGCUACGCUUUAAGAAACCGGCAAAGCUGAUAAUACCUCACUGUGCAUUAGUCACUGCUCCUAACAAAGUACAGACCAUACUGUAUUCCUGGAAUCAGUCAGGUACACCUAAACGGCUUCCAGAUUCCUCCAACUUUAUUUGUUCAGUACAGGAACGCUGGUUAGAGGUCUCAGUCAGCCAUUUUUCUGGAGGAUACAUUGCCUUAAUUCUGGACUGGCUAUUUUGUAAUGACAUAUUACUGUCAUGCAUGUCGUUUCUUCCCAGACUAAUGCCUCUCGACAGAAAGCCAAUACUGGAGGUUCGAUUCGUCAAGAAGCCACAUGGCCAAAAAUGGUACCAUGUCCACGAAUUAAAUAACCCCAGUUUCCAACCUGUGAAGGGCGAUGACGAUGAUAUUGUGAUUCGGAAGGGAACUUUAACAGUCGCUUACAAAUCAGAUGUACAUGCUAUUCAGUUCAGCGACAUGAAGACACAAACGAAAGUAACAAAGUACUUUGAGCUCGAUCUGACCGAGGAGAGUGAUGAGACAUUAGUGACACUUGAAGUGGUUCAAACCUCUACACAGACGAUCAAAUUCAAACCACGUUUCCAAGGGAUCGGCAAAGAGACUACAGUACAGAACGCUCCUUCACCAUCCAGCGACGAAAUUCCAUCAGAUGAACAGAAAGUGACAGAUGCGAAUAUCCUGAAACUAGCAAGGCUAUUACCACCUGAUCUGUGGAGCCCUCUUCACGUUGCUCUUCGCAUCGAUUACAGCAUUGCUGAAGGUAUCAGAGAGAAGUUUAGAGGGAUAAGUGAGCAGUACAUACACCUCCUUCAAACAUGGAAAGCUGCAUCGACUCGGACUAGAGAGGAUUUAAAUGCGGUCCUCAACCAGGCAGAAGCAGGAGGAUUUGUAGACAAGUACUUGGAUUAGGUGUAAAACCAGAAAGAGAGAAAAAGAGAGAGAGCGAGAGAGAGAGAAAAGGGGAGGGGCGAGGCGAGACGUGAAAACGAAUAUAAUACACCCCUGUCACACACCUUCUCCUUCAAUUCAGUUGUCAGCAGAAACACGUUAUCAUCCAUAUUUAUCGUUCGUCACAAUGUUGUUAACGAUUUAUAGUUAUGCAAGUUUGGCUUCUUUUUCAUAGAGAUUUAUGUUAUUAUUUGCAUGGACGACCCGCAUUUAAUAACACGUUCAACAUACAAAGUCAUACUCUAUUAUUUAUUUUUUUGGUGGGUGUGUUUUCAGUGUUUUUUCCCACAUAAUUCACUCGAUGUUUGAUAAAUCUCUUAACGCAAUGUAAAUACAUUUCGUGUGAAUGCGGUCUUUAUUUCCAGAUGCUUGCAUUUUCUAUUUAUAUGUUAGUCUGAAACAUGGUAUCCUGUGUAACAUUCGCUGCAGCUUAAAACUUAGAAUACAACUACUUAUUUGUUAAUGAACUAUGGGGGCUAAAUAUCUCAAUGCGAACUUAUUAUAGGUGGUGUGUAAGUAGCCAUGUAGGCCCUAUGUAAACAUGUAUAUAUUAUUUUUAUUUGUUACGUUCUUUGUUUGGUGUAAUUCAUUCUGAACCCCAAACGUGUUCUUUCAAGAAUUGAAAAAUAUACCAGGGGCGGCAUUCUGAGAACUCACUUAGCACUCAAUAAACUCCUGCGUAAUUGAAUGCCCAAAUUUGAAAAAAUCGCACCCCUCCCCCCUUGAGCGCCAGGGGAGGGGCCCCAUCUCCAAAAAAAGGUAAAAUUGGCGUGUUUUUACACGUUUUCUCUUAUGUACACACCACUGCUUAAUUUACGAAAAAAUAACAAAAGUAUGUAUAUUUUGAAUAAUCUUCUUUUGUACACUAUUUUGUAUGAAAAGGAAAAUGUACAAAUUUAGUUUUGACUUCUAACCGAUUUAAGUUCUGAAUGAUGUAACUUGUAUCGACUUUGUUUUGAUUUGUACUACUUCUAUUUGGAGAAAUAAACGUUUCAUAAAACAAAAAGAGAAAGAGGGAGAGAGAGGGGACGGAG